AUGGUCCAGGAUCUGCUAGCAGUGACCAUGGAAUGGCCCAUCUCGGAGCUCAUCAAACGGCCCAAAAUCUUCAAGAAGGCCACCGACGAGCUCAAGCGGGUCAUCGGAAGGGAAGGGGGGUCGAGGAGAAGGAUCAAGGAUGAGCACCACCUUCCCUGCAUGGAGGCUAUUUUCAAGGAGACCAUGAGGAUGCACCCAGCUGCGCCCAUGCUCGUUCCCCGGCAAGCCCACAAGCACGGCAAAGCUGCCGGGACUCGCAUCUUGAUUGAUGUAUGGUCCAUCGUGAGGAACAGGACAAGUUGGCACGCACCUGAGGAGUUCCGGCCAGAGAGGUUCAUUGGGAUCAAAAAAGAUGUUUAA